CCGGCCCACUGACGGCAUGAAGCCUUUAGGGGUACGCCGGGCUCUAGGCUUUUUGGUUGAAGUCCCUCAUCGGCCUUCAGUGUGAAGGCAGGGCCCGGGAGAGGACAGAACUGAGGGUCGCUCCCCGGGACCAAGCCAGAGUGAAGGCAGGAGGCCGAGGAACAGGAAGGAAGCACAGCAUUACAUUUGAAAAGAAAAAAAAGAAAAAGAAAACUUUAUUUUUUUUUUUUAAAUCUUCUCCCUUCCCAAAUGGCUGUGUAGCUAACACCAGCGAGAUCUUGGAAGGGACGACCUUGCUCUGCAGUUGCAGUUUGUGGGGUUGGAGAAGGGCUCAACCAUGGAGCCGUGGUCCUCCAGGUGGAAAACGAAACGGUGGCUGUGGGAUUUCACCCUGACAACCCUCGCCGUGACGCUCCUCUCCUCAGCCAGGGAGGUCAGAGCAGCUGCUCCAGUUGAUGUACUAAAAGCACUAGAUUUUCACAAUUCUCCAGAGGGAAUAACAAAAACAACAGGAUUCUGCACAAACAGAAAGAAUUCCAAAGGGUCAGAUAUUGCUUACAGAGUUUCAAAGCUAGCACAAGUCAGUGCUCCAACCAAACAACUCUUUCCAGGGGAAACUUUCCCUGAAGAUUUUUCAAUAUUAUUUACAGUCAAACCCAAAAAAGGGAUUCAGUCUUUCCUCUUAUCUGUAUAUAAUGAGCAUGGUAUUCAGCAAGUUGGUGUUGAGAUCGGAAGAUCACCUGUUUUUCUGUUUGAAGACCACACUGGAAAACCAGCCCCAGAAGACUACCCCCUCUUCAGAACUGUUAAUAUCGCUGAUGGGAAGUGGCAUCGAGUAGCAAUCAGUGUGGAGAAGAAAACAGUGACAAUGAUUGUGGAUUGUAAGAAGAAAAUGACCAAACCCCUCGACAGAAGUGAGAGAUCCAUUGUAGAUACCAAUGGGAUCACAGUGUUUGGAACAAGGAUUUUGGAUGAAGAAGUUUUUGAGGGCGACAUUCAGCAGUUCUUGAUCUCCAGUGACCCCAAGGCUGCGUAUGACUACUGUGAGCAUUACAGCCCAGACUGUGACUCGAUGGCACCUAAGGCUGCACAAGCUCAGGAGCCUCAGAUCGACGAGUAUGCACCUGAGGAUAUUUUCGAAUAUGACUAUGAGUAUGGAGAAACAGAAUAUAAAGAGACUGAACUUGUAACAGAGGGACCCCCAGUAACAGAGGAGACAGUUGCACAAACAGAGGCCAAUAUUAUAAACGAUUUCCAAGAGUAUAACUACGGAACAAUGGAAAGUUACCAGACAUCAUCUCCUGGUCGUAUGUCUGGCACAAAUGAGCCAUAUCCUGUUGAAGAAGGUUUUACUGAAGAAUAUCUUACUGGAGAGGAUUAUGAACCCCAGAGGAAAAAUACCAAGGAUAUACUUUAUGAAAACAAAGAAAUAGACGGCAGGGAUUCUGAUCUUCCGGUAGAUGGAGAUUUAGGCGAAUAUGAUUUUUAUGACUAUGAAGAUAAACCAACAAGCCCCUCUAUUGAAGAAUUUGGGCCAGGCGUACCAGCAGAAACUGAUUUCACAGAGACCAGUAUAAAUGGCCAUGGGGCCUAUGGAGAAAAAGGACAGAAGGGAGAACCAGCCGUGGUGGAACCAGGAAUGCUUGUUGAAGGACCACCUGGGCCAGCAGGACCCGCGGGUCUUAUGGGUCCCCCAGGUCUACAAGGUCCUUCUGGGUCCCCCGGUGACCCUGGUGAUAGGGGCCCCCCUGGUCGCCCUGGCUUACCAGGCGCUGAUGGCCUGCCUGGCCCUCCGGGGACCAUGCUGAUGUUACCGUUCCGUUAUGGUGGUGACAGCUCCAAAGGACCAAUCAUCUCUGCUCAGGAAGCGCAGGCUCAGGCCAUUCUGCAACAGGCUCGAAUUGCACUGAGAGGCCCACCUGGCCCAAUGGGUCUCACCGGAAGGCCUGGUCCUGUGGGGGGUCCUGGUUCUUCGGGGGCCAAAGGUGAGAGUGGUGACCCAGGUCCACAGGGUCCUCGAGGUGUUCAAGGUCCCCCUGGUCCAACAGGAAAACCCGGAAAAAGGGGACGCCCCGGUGCUGAUGGAGGAAGAGGAAUGCCUGGAGAGCCUGGGUCAAAGGGAGAUCGAGGGUUUGAUGGCCUUCCCGGUUUGCCAGGGGACAAAGGUCACAGGGGUGAAAGAGGUCCCCAAGGCCCUCCAGGUCUUCCUGGCGAUGAUGGAAUGAGGGGAGAAGAUGGGGAAAUAGGGCCACGUGGCCUUCCAGGUGAAGCUGGCCCACGAGGUUUGCUGGGACCACGGGGAACUCCAGGCCCUACAGGGCAGCCUGGUAUUGCAGGCAUAGAUGGUCCUCCAGGACCCAAAGGCAACAUGGGUCCACAGGGAGAGCCUGGACCUCCUGGCCAGCAAGGAAAUCCAGGACCACAAGGUCUUCCUGGUCCACAAGGCCCAAUUGGUCCUCCUGGAGAAAAAGGACCACAAGGAAAACUGGGGCUUGCUGGACUUCCUGGUGCUGAUGGACCACCUGGUCAUCCAGGAAAAGAAGGCCAGUCUGGGGAAAAAGGUGCUCUGGGUCCUCCUGGUCCACAAGGUCCUGUUGGCUACCCUGGUCCCCGAGGGGUGAAGGGAGCAGAUGGCGUCAGAGGUCUCAAGGGAUCUAAAGGCGAAAAGGGUGAAGAUGGCUUUCCAGGAUUCAAAGGUGACAUGGGUCUUAAAGGUGACAGAGGAGAAGUUGGUCAACUAGGUCCAAGAGGAGAAGAUGGUCCCGAAGGCCCCAAAGGUCGUGCUGGGCCAACUGGAGACCCUGGUCCUUCUGGCCAUGUGGGGGAGAAGGGAAAACUUGGAGUUCCAGGAUUACCAGGAUAUCCAGGAAGACAAGGUUCAAAGGGGUCCACUGGAUUUCCUGGAUUUCCAGGUGCCAACGGUGAGAAAGGUGCACGGGGAGUAGCUGGGAAACCAGGCCCUCGGGGUCAGCGUGGUCCAACGGGUCCUCGUGGUUCCAGAGGAGCAAGAGGCCCUACAGGGAAGCCCGGCCUGAAGGGCACUUCUGGUGGAGAUGGCCCUCCAGGCCCUCCAGGGGAAAGGGGCCCUCAAGGACCUCAGGGUCCAGUUGGAUUCUCAGGACCCAAAGGCCCUCCUGGGCCCCCUGGGAAAGACGGGCUUCCAGGACACCCUGGGCAACGUGGGGAAACUGGAUUUCAAGGCAAGACAGGUCCUCCUGGACCCGGAGGUGUGGUUGGACCACAGGGACCAACGGGUGAGACUGGUCCAAUAGGUGAACGUGGGCAUCCUGGUCCUCCAGGACCACCUGGAGAACAAGGUCUACCUGGUACUGCAGGAAAAGAAGGUGCAAAGGGUGACCCAGGUCCUCAAGGAAUCUCAGGAAAAGAUGGACCAGCAGGGAUACGUGGGUUCCCAGGUGAACGAGGUCUUCCUGGAGCUCAGGGUGCACCUGGACUGAAAGGAGGAGAAGGCCCCCAGGGCCCACCGGGUCCAGUUGGCUCCCCAGGAGAACGCGGAUCCUCAGGCACAGCAGGGCCCAUUGGGUUGCCAGGGCGACCAGGACCCCAAGGCCCCCCUGGUCCAGCUGGAGAGAAAGGCGCUCCAGGAGAGAAAGGUCCUCAAGGCCCUGCAGGAAGAGAUGGCGUCCAAGGCCCUGUGGGUUUACCUGGGCCAGCAGGUCCUGCUGGCUCCCCUGGAGAAGACGGAGAUAAGGGUGAAAUUGGUGAACCGGGACAGAAAGGCAGCAAGGGUGACAAAGGAGAAAAUGGUCCACCUGGGCCUCCAGGCCUUCAAGGACCUGUUGGAGGCCCUGGAAUUGCUGGAGGUGAUGGCGAACCAGGUCCCAGAGGACAGCAGGGCAUGUUCGGACAGAAGGGUGAUGAGGGAGCACGAGGUUUCCCAGGCCCUCCGGGUCCCAUUGGCCUCCAGGGUCUUCCAGGCCCACCUGGUGAAAAAGGAGAAAAUGGUGACGUUGGGCCCAUGGGUCCACCUGGUCCUCCUGGCCCGAGAGGCCCUCAAGGUCCUAAUGGAGCUGAUGGACCUCAAGGCCCUCCAGGAUCUGUUGGCUCAGUUGGUGGUGUUGGACAAAAGGGUGAACCUGGAGAAGCAGGAAACCCCGGGCCUCCAGGUGAAGCAGGUUCAGGCGGUCCCAAAGGAGAAAGAGGAGAGAAGGGAGAAGCUGGCCCAUCAGGUGCUGCUGGGCCUCCAGGUGCGAAGGGGCCACCAGGUGAUGAUGGUCCCAAGGGAAACCCGGGUCCUGUUGGUUUUCCUGGAGACCCUGGCCCUCCUGGGGAGGCUGGUCCUGCAGGUCAAGAUGGUGUUGGAGGCGACAAGGGAGAAGAUGGAGACCCAGGGCAGCCGGGUCCUCCUGGUCCUUCUGGUGAGGCUGGCCCACCAGGUCCUCCUGGAAAAAGAGGUCCUCCCGGUAUUGCAGGCGCAGAGGGACGGCAGGGAGAAAAAGGCGCUAAGGGAGAAGCAGGUGCUGAAGGUCCCCCUGGGAAAACUGGUCCAGUGGGUCCUCAAGGCCCUUCUGGAAAGCCUGGUCCCGAAGGUCUUCGCGGCAUCCCUGGGCCUGUGGGAGAACAAGGACUUCCUGGAGCUGCUGGCCAAGAUGGACCUCCAGGUCCCAUUGGGCCUCCUGGCUUGCCUGGCCUCAAAGGUGACCCUGGCUCCAAAGGAGAAAAGGGACAUCCUGGAUUAAUUGGCCUGAUUGGUCCUCCAGGGGAGCAAGGAGAAAAGGGUGACAGGGGACUCCCUGGAACUCAAGGAUCUCCAGGAGCUAAGGGAGAUGGAGGAAUUCCAGGUCCUGCUGGCCCCAUAGGGCCACCUGGCCCUCCAGGAUUACCAGGUCCUCAAGGCCCCAAGGGUAACAAAGGCUCUUCUGGACCUGUGGGCCAGAAGGGUGACAGUGGUCUCCCAGGGCCACCUGGACCUCCGGGUCCUCCUGGUGAAGUCAUUCAGCCUUUACCAAUCCUGUCAUCCAAGAAAACAAGAAGACAUACUGAGAGUGUGCAGGCAGAUGCAGUGGAUAAUGUUCUUGAUUACUCAGAUGGAAUGGAGGAGAUAUUUGGUUCCCUCAAUUCUCUGAAGCAAGACAUUGAGCACAUGAAGUUUCCCAUGGGCACUCAGAGCAAUCCAGCUCGAACUUGCAAAGACCUGCAACUCAGCCAUCCUGACUUCCCAGAUGGUGAAUAUUGGAUUGAUCCAAACCAAGGUUGUUCAGGGGACUCCUUCAAAGUUUACUGUAAUUUCACAUCUGGUGGUGAGACUUGCAUUUACCCGGACAAAAAGUCUGAGGGAGUAAGAAUUUCCUCAUGGCCAAAGGAGAAACCAGGAAGUUGGUUUAGUGAAUUUAAAAGAGGAAAACUGCUUUCCUACUUAGAUGUUGAAGGCAAUUCUAUUAAUAUGGUGCAAAUGACAUUCCUGAAACUUCUGACGGCCUCUGCACGGCAGAACUUCACCUAUCACUGUCAUCAGUCAGCUGCCUGGUAUGAUGUGUCCUUGGGCAGGUAUGACAAAGCACUCCGGUUCCUGGGAUCCAAUGAUGAGGAGAUGUCCUAUAAUAGCCCUUACAUCAAGGCUCUGCAUGAUGGCUGCGCGUCCCGAAAAGGCUAUGAGAAGACUGUGAUUGAAAUCAAUACCCCCAAAAUUGAUCAAGUGCCUGUCAUUGAUGUCAUGAUCAAUGAUUUUGGUGAUCAGAAUCAGAAGUUUGGAUUUGAAGUUGGUCCAGUUUGCUUCCUUGGCUAAAACAAAGACAAAGAAUAGACAAAAACAACAGAAAAUAUGCCUUGAGGCCACCAAACCCUUUCAUGCCACAUGUAAACUUUCAGUAAUAAUGGUAUAGGAUACCAUUUGGUAUGCACACAUGUACCAUUUAGGAAUUACUGAUAACCCCAGGAAAGCUUUGGUCAUCAAAAAGAAUUGAGCUAAGGUGACUGGCAUGGCAACAAGGCUAAAUCUUGAUUCUUGACCUUCAUCUCUCCUUUCCCUAUUUGGAUUUUGGUGCUGUAGAAAAAGAAAAGAGAGAAAAGUUUAUAUUCCUUAAAAUAAUGGUGCUCCUUCCUGUCCAUCAAGAAUAUGCUAAAAAUGUGUAUUAAUAAAUUGUAAUUAUUUUAUGUACAGUUCUCCACUGUUUUCUGUGUCCAUUUCCAGAACUCUAAAUCCCAUCUGACUCUUACUUUUUAUGACAGUGACGGAACUGUGAGGGCAAUGAAUAUUGUAAGACAGAAACCAAAAAAAAAACAUUAAAAGUUGCAAUUUCAGAUGACUCUAAUUCCCUUUCUUUGAGUAAUAAUAAAAUGCUUUUAUAUA